AAUAAUCAAUACGGGGACAGACCCCAGUUUACACCUCCCGCCGAAAACCCUAAUCCUCUCUAGUUCCCUUCGUGACUCCCUCCUCCUUCUACGUUUCUUCAUGUACUCCAGUAGCAACAGCGGAAGUCAUGCGCAAGCUCUGGCGUGGAACACCCGUACUAUCUGUUGCCGGCUGCCUUGAGACCGCAGUCGCCAGACCGCUCCUACUCGCUCCAAUGCAAUCCCUCCGCCUCCCUCUUUCUAGCUCCGUCUCCACUCUCGUUCCUAUCCGUCGUCCCUGCAGGAACGCAUGUCCUGCUUUCCGAUUUCCAGAAGAUGCGCUCAGUCUCUUCGGACCGGCUCGAGCUUCAGAUUCGGCUUCCUUGUCCCGCGGCGGAUGGUCGAGGAGUUUCAGGACGGUCGAAGCUAAGAGGACCCGGGAGAAAGGUGGGGACUUGGAGAGCACUGCCGAAGUGGAACAGGAGGAGAAGGAUGGGGUUAUGGACAGGGAUAAAAGAAGUGGGGCAACGCGGCAGACAACCAUAAAGCCGGUGGACAGGAGGGUACGGGAAGGAGCUUCAUUGGAUGCUCCCGCUGCCCUGUCACCGAGCUUAGAGUUGUUAGCGAUUCCUGGGGUUGGGCCUCGGAAUCUAAGGAAGCUGGUCGACAAGGGUUUUGAAGGCGUGGAUCAGCUCAAACAACUUUACAUAGAUAAGGUUGUUGGUAAAUCAAGCCAGAAGAUGGUUGAAUACCUAAAAAGCUCCAUAGGUAUCAUCCACAAAAACCAUGCAGAGAGCAUAACCUCCUUUAUCAAAGAAAAAGUGGAAGAAGAGUUGAAAGAUGAUACUACCAAGUCUAAUAUCAGGCUUCCACCUAACAAUAGACUUACCUUCUGUGUUGAAGGGAAUAUCAGUGUGGGGAAGACUACUUUUCUUCAAAGGAUAGCUAAUGAAACAAUUGAACUACGUGAUCUAGUGGAAAUAGUUCCUGAGCCUAUUGCCAAGUGGCAGGAUGUUGGUCCUGAUCACUUCAAUAUAUUGGAUGCCUUCUAUGCUGAGCCACAAAGGUACGCAUACACCUUUCAGAAUUAUGUAUUUGUAACGAGGGUCAUGCAGGAAAGAGAAUCAGCUUCUGGAAUAAAACCUCUCAGGCUGAUGGAAAGAAGUGUCUUCAGUGAUAGAAUGGUAUUUGUAAGAGCUGUUUAUGAGGCCAAAUGGAUGAAUGAAAUGGAAAUUAGCAUCUAUGAUUCAUGGUUCGAUCCGGUUGUAUCGAGCCUUCCGGGGCUAAUUCCUGACGGGUUCAUUUAUCUUAGAGCUAGCCCUGAUACUUGCCACAAGCGUAUGAUGCUGCGUAAGAGAGAAGAAGAAGGAGGUGUCAGUUUGGACUACUUGAGGGAUCUACAUGAGAAACAUGAAAGUUGGCUGUUCCCUUCACAAAAUGGAAAGCAUGGUGUAUUAUCAGUCAGUCAGUUGCCUCUGCAUAUGGAUAAAUCUGUACAUUUGGAUAUUAAAGGUCGUGUGUUUCUUUUAGAAGGUGAUCAUAUGCAUCCAACUAUCCAAAAGGUUCCAGCUUUAGUUCUGGAUUGUGAACCCAACAUUGAUUUUAACAGGGACAUUGAAGCCAAACAGCAGUACGCACGGCAAGUUGCUGAGUUCUUCAAGUUCGUGAAGAAAAAGAAAGAAGCUACAUCUGCAGAAAGAAACAGUGACUCAAAGAGCAAAAGUCAUAACAUAUUGCUUCCCCAAGAAGGUGAUCUGUGGAUUCCUAAAGGCUCUUGCCUACCUGAAUCUGUCCUAAAAUCCAUGGACUUGAAGAGAGCAAUGUCCAUCCUCUCGUAGUUGAUGUCCUAAAAAUGAGAAGCUUCUGUCGAUGUAAUUCACAGUGCUGUCGAUGAUGUAAGUUUGUAAUUUCUACGAAGAAAAUUAAAGAUUGAACGGUCAUCAGUCCUCACGUAAACAAGAAGUUAGAAUUUUAGGCUCCUGUUCUGUAAAUGGUAGAUGGAUGCUUGUAUGAUAGAUAAUUCUCCAGAUUUGUUA